CUUCAAACAUACCACCAAACUGUCUCAUUAUGUACCUUACACAUGAAUAUGAUACUAUAUAUAAAUAUAUAUAUUCCUCUCACCAAUAUCGUAUCCUCCAAUUAAAUCAGUGACAAUAAACAAGUUUUAAAUUGCAUUCCUCUUUCCUAGUUAGACCCACCUACUUCCUAUUCCUUUCUCAUUUCAUUUCCACACGUGCCAAAAAUACCCUUUCUUUGCUUGCAAACAACACCACAAGCAUGGCAUCAUCAUCAUCAUCGAAGAGGCAUCCAUUGUACCAUGGAAUCCGUUGCCGCGGAGGAAAAUGGGUUACUGAAAUCCGCGAACCGCGAAAAACAAACCGCAUAUGGCUGGGGACGUUCCUGACGCCGGAGAUGGCGGCCGCCGCCUACGAUGUGGCGGCGUUGGCCCUGAAAGGCAACGAGGCAGUUCUUAACUUCCCUGACUCGGUUGGCAGGUAUCCGGUGCCGGCAUCCAAUUCCCCUUCGGACAUCCGCUUCGCUGCCAUUGCUGCAGCAGAACUCAUGAAGCCUGAAGCCAACAACAACAACAACGUUAAUGCAUCAACAACAAAUAAUGCAGCAGUUCAAUCUGAUAGCAAUGAUGUUUUACCUUCGUUUGAAACUGAGUUUAUGGACGAGGAAGCCAUAUUCUCCAUGCCAAGUUUGCUGGUUGACAUGGCUGGGGGAAUGUUGCUAUCUCCUCCCAGAAUGAGCCCUCCCUCCGAUAACGAAAGUAAUUAUGUUGGAGAAACUUUGUGGAACUUUUGAUCCCUCUAUAUAAACCAAUUGAAGUAAUUAAACUAAUAUAAUGGAAUUAAUGGGAAAAUGUGGUUAAUUAUAGGUAUCGAAGUGAGAACUUGGAUAGUUAAUAUGUAAAUUAAUUAAACUGAGAACUAAGGGUAAAACUAUAACUCAAAUUAAAAAAACUUAGGGUAAAACUUAGGGCUACUUUGUUCUAAGACCAUGUGUCUGUGAGUGUUUUAGUAGUUCUACUAUAUGUCUAUAUGUAUGUAUUUCGAUGCUUGUGACUUGUGAGAAUGCGUACCUGUUGAUCUGGGUGCUUUGUAUGAGAAGUUUCUUUAUGUUUUAUGUGAGACAUUUGAAUCAAACUUUUGCUUUUCUUUUUUGCCUCUUCUUUAAAUAGUAUAUGCAUGAUUUUUCUGUUGUUCAAGAGUACUAAAACUGGAAACAGGAGGGAGACAUAAAGUAUGUAGCAGCUUGAGACAUGAAUAAGAAUAUCUCUCUAUUUGCGACGCAAAAGCUAGAAAGCGCGUAGUUUAUGUGCUUUAAUGGAAUGAUAUCUGUCGUGAGCUCAUUUGCUCAACAUGCAGCAGGAAAU